ACAAGAACAAGGACGGCGAUGCACGACCUUAAGGAACAACCCGUGGCUGCCACCUCUCUGGACGCCCUCAAACCACAGAAGAGUGAUGAUCACGGUUCAAUGACGUCUCCAAGACUUCGGGCCAACAGAGUGCAUGGCGAGCUGUCGCCGCAAUCGCCUACCAUGGCGACGCAGAGCCUGGCCGAUGGCUCCCGCCCCAGCCAAGGUAUGGCGGCGCGCGGGCGUGAGACGGCAGCCGUCGACGAAGCGUUCCCGACCACGGCGUCGGCCUUGUUCGCGCCGCUGCUCAAGGGGGCCCGAAGCCGAGUGUACAUGGCCGCGGCGUGCGCCGUGCUGUACCACGCGUACCUGCUGUUCGCCCUCAUCCGCCACUGGUACGCCGACGGAGGUCCCGACUUUUGCCGCCUCGUGUGGAUCCUGGCCCUCGUCACGUUGAUCGUGCACGUAGUCCUGGUCGGACGUGCUCUGGCGCAACGCAUCGCGCCUAGGAUUUUCACUACCUCAGUGGACGCGCUGCACUUGGACAAAAGGAUGCCCGUCGUACGGGUGUGUAUUCUGGUGGUCGGCCUGUGCCUCCUGGUGUACGACGCGCGUGAUCACCUGACACGGCUGGCGUCCUUGGGUGGCAUCCUGGUGCUGCUCGCAAUUAACUACCUCCUCUCGCGCGACCGAACGAAUGUUCCGUGGAUGGUGCUGGCACGUGCCCUAACCCUUCAGUACGCUGCAGCAGCGCUGAUGCUGCGCUGGCAGGCCGGACGCACUAUGGUCGUGUGCUUGUCGCAGCACAUCGCGCGUUUCUUCGACCACGCCACAGCAGGGAGCAGUUUCCUCUUCGGGUACCUGGCCGAAGGCACCAACAUUUCCCUCAAUAGCGGAGGCCAAGUCACGAUGCUGCCGGAAGGGCGGAACAACUCCACCACGUUGUUGCCCAUACUGGCCUUCAGCGCUAUGCCGGUGAUCUUCUACGUCGGCUUCUGCGUGAACGCGCUCUACUACUGGGGCAUCAUGCAAGCCAUCGUCACUAGUCUCGGAGGCUUCCUCAACAACGUAGUUGGCUCUACCGCCUACGAGUCCAUGUGCGCGGCCGGUAACAUGCUGUUCGGACUGGUACGGGAGCACUGUGAUCGUAAUAAGUCUAGUCUUAAAAACAAAAAUUAUUUGCAGCACAAGAAAAGACGCUAA